GAGCCCGAGCCGCAGCCAGAGCGCGGGCAGCGCGGAGCGGGCGGCGGGAAGGCAGCGGAGUCGGGCGGCCCGCCGCCCCCGCCGGGCCCGGGCCACGCACACCCGCCAGGCGGGGGAGAGGCCGGGGACCGCGCGCGGGCGAGGGAGGACUCGCUGCCCGGCCCGGGGGGCGGCGCGGGGCGAGGACUGCCGGCUCGGGUCCGAAGUGAGUGUCGGCGGAGGACGCGCCCACUGGAGGUGCGGCCCGGCGAGCUCCCGGCCCAGCCCGCCCGGCUCCGGGGUCCGAGGAGGAAGGUGACGGCCGGGGAGGCGCCCCGCGGAGCCAGCGCCCGGGCGGCGGGGCCAGCGCGGUCCCUGAGGGCGCGGAGGAGCUGGCCCGGAGGCCCGGCGGGAGGGAGCCGCGGCGCGCCGCCAUGGGCCGGGCGCUGUAGCCGAAGGCGCGGGCCCGAUGGAGCGGGCCGGGGCGCGGGGGCUGCGCGGCGGCGGCCGGCCGGGGCUCCGGCUCGCGAUCGGGCUGGCGCUGCUGCUGGCGCGGCCGCCGUCGGGCCGCGCGGGCGCCCCCGAGGCUCAGGAGCCCGCGGCGCCCGGCACGGCGGCCCCGGCCGGGGGCGACCGCUGCCGGGGCUACUACGACGUGAUGGGCCAGUGGGACCCGCCCUUCAACUGCAGCUCGGGCGCCUACAGCUUCUGCUGCGGCACGUGCGGCUACCGCUUCUGCUGCCACGACGGACCCCGGCGCCUGGACCAGAGCCGCUGCUCCAACUACGACACGCCGGCCUGGGUGCAGACGGGCCGGCCACCCGCGCGUGCCCGCGACGCCGCCGCGCCCCGGGACCCGGGCCGCGAGCGCAGCCACACGGCCGUCUACGCGGUGUGCGGCGUCGCCGCGCUGCUCGUGCUGGCCGGCAUCGGGGCGCGCCUGGGCCUGGAGAGGGCGCACAGCCCGCGCGCGCGGCGCACCGUCACCAGGACACUGACAGAACUUCUGAAGCAGCCGGACCCCCAGGAGCCGCUGCCUCCACCCCUGGGCCCACCUCUGGGUAGCUGUGUCCAGGUGCAGAUGGGGGAUGGCCUCCCCAGGGGCUCCCCCAAGAACACAGGUGUGCAAGCUGGUGGGCCAGCAUAUGUCGAUCCACAGCACAGGCCUGGGAGCAGAGGAAGGGGUGUGUUGAGGGACAAGAAACGCCCCAACAACGUGCCCCUGGGGUCAGCGACACCAGGACCCCUGCGUGGCCCCAGGCUGCAGGACGGCGGCAGCAUGACGCUGCAGCGGGACUACGCCAAGUACGCCACCCUCAAGGCAGCCGCGCUCAAGGCCGCAGAAGCCACCCCGCCGGACUUCUACCAGCGGUUCCCCGCGACCGAACCUGCCCCGCUGACCGUCUCGGCGCGGCCCCAGCGGCCCCGCGAGGACUUGCCGGCGCUGCUCGACGCCUGCCCCUGGGCCCCGCCGGGCUACGCGCCCCCCGCCGGCCUUGCUCCUUCGGGCCACUACAAGGCCUGGAUCGCCGGCCGCCUGGCCCGGCCCGCCCCCCGCGGCCACCUGGCGGCUCAGGCCUCCCCCGCACCCCGGCGGCCCGGCCACGCGCCCCGGCGCCAGUUCAGCGUGGAGAAGCCGCCCGAGGCCUUCGGCCCGCAGCCCCCUGGACUUUACGGCAGUGCAGGCCGCGGGCCCCGGCACCUGAGCACCAACAGCAAAGCUGAGGUCACCGUGUGAAGACAGCCGCUGGUUCUCCCGAAUCAUCGCAAUCUCCGGGGCGCCCUCAUCUGCCUGGAGGCCGCCGUGGGCCGGUUCCCGGGGCCCAUACCGUGGGGGAGGAGAGGCGCCGGCCGUGGAAGGCCAGCCUGCCCUUAUGCCUGCCCAAACUGGACUGGGGCCUUGGAGCCUGCAGGGCUAAGAAGGGGCCCGCUGGGUGAGGCCAGUGGUUCUGUCCUUGGGGCCUUAGGGCCAGGGUUCCUCGUGUAAAUAUAAAGCCUUUUCUGUGGCUCCCAUCCCUGAGAAUAAAGGAGCCCCAGCUUGGCUCUGAGAGGCA